CCCUACCUACCUGUACCCUACCCUACCCUACCCUAUACCUUCCCUACCUUACCCCUACCCUUAGCAAAAGGCCAGCCCUAUGAGCGUGGUGCGAUGACAAAGGAAAAUAGAGACUUCUAUGCUAAAAUUAUAAUCUUUGAAUCUACUGGACCGAUUUGAAAGAUUGAUUUACCAAUAAAAAGCUACGUUAUUUGCGAGUGUCAUAGGCUAUGUUUGAUUCCCAUAUUCACACAGCAACGGGAACUACGUAAUUGAAAGCGCGGGGCGUCAUGUAGCGGAAUUUCUGCGUCUUUUAGAAAUUUUGUAUUAUCUCCGAAACUAUUUAACUAAUUAACAUACUAUAAAGGGCAAAUCUUAUCUCCAUAAUAUCUUUGUGAUUAUUAAAUAAUUUAUUUUGAUAAGGAUUUAAGUUAAGUAGCAUAAAUAAUGACGCAAACCUAAGUAUAUAAAAUUUAUAAUUUUUAAAACACAAAAGGUACUAUAUCUGCUAAUAUAUAGAAGAUAGAUAUAUGGUGUCGCGAACUUUUUUGUAGAACUUUUAAAGAUACAUAAAGCCUCUAUACAUUAAUUUCAAUUUUACACAAUGGUUAAGGCAGCGCAUGCGAAUAAGUCUGCUUAAGAGGAUUUUCGGUCCGACCUGUAUGACAAAAACUGAGUUAACUCGGCGAAUAUAUAUCAUACUAAUAUAAAAUAUAGCCUAUAGCACUCCCCGAUAAUGUAGCAUUCUACUGGUGAAAGAAUUUUUGAAAUCGGACCAGUAGUUCCGAAGAUUACCCCAUUUAAAAAAUGUGACAAACUUACAAACUUACAAACUUUACCUCUUUAUAAUAUUAGUAUAGAUAUAAAAUCUGCACCCAUGAUACAGGGUGUUUAUAGGAAUAGCUAGCACAGUGUAUGUAGCAAGUUGGGAUGUCGAACGAGAUGAAGUCGGCGUCGAUGGACGGCUCCCGCUCGUGGCACCGGCGGGACAACGACGUCAAGAUAGAGUUCGGGUUUGGUGUGCCGCUGGGAGCGAUGUCGGCGCACCCUGUGUUUCACUCAGCGUGGGACAUUGGAUGCCCAAGUUCCGGCUUCCACCAAAUGGCCAGGAUGAUGGAUCGGAUGAUGUCGGAGAGUCUGCAUCCUUUUGGGUUUGCGAAGCUGUCAACGCGGCGGGGCGGUGACAAGAAAGACGACGGCAACCCUAGAGACGGAUUGAGGACAGAGAAAAGCGUCAACAGAAGAGAAAGAGCCAGGAAUCCUAACACACAUGCAGAUAAUGGUACAUGCCAUCCUCCCACACAAGUCGUCAAACCAACUCCAGUCAACACAUUCCAAGAACAACCAUUAGACCAAGCCAAACAAAACAAUCCCACAACAGAAAAGUGGGCGGGUACACUCAGAAGGAGAGAUCCCGACAUCCAACCGACAUUACCCUCAAUCGUCACCAGGAAAACAUCAUCAUCAUCAUCAGUAAACAGCGGAAGAAAAACACGAUCAGUUGAAAGAGCACCACGAGCGAGAAAACAACUCGUUCCAAUCAAACCCAUGAUGAGAAAGACAGAUGUACCCUCUGAUGGUGAUGCCGCUUUGCUAGAGAAGGACGAAAAGAUAUUCAACACGUCUGGCUACGAAAUUCAUUUAGUGGAGACGCUAGAGAGGGAUAUAUUGCAGAAGAAUCCAGAUGUUCGUUGGAGGGAUGUUAUUGGAUUGGACGAUGCGAAGUCCGUGUUGCAGGAAGCCAUGGUACUGCCGCUCGUAAUGCCCGAUUACUUCAAGGGCAUCCGUCGUCCAUGGAAAGGCGUAUUGCUGACAGGGCCUCCAGGGACGGGGAAGACUCUCCUCGCGCGCGCAGUCGCUACAGAGUGUCGGACUACCUUCUUCAACGUGUCCUCGGCGACACUUACCUCGAAGUACCGCGGUGACUCGGAGAAACUUGUCAGACUUCUGUUUGAUAUGGCGUCCUUCUACGCGCCAAGUACAAUAUUCCUCGACGAGGUGGACUCGCUUUGCGCGGUCAGAGGGGCGGACUCAGAACACGAAGCUUCUAGACGAUUCAAAGCUGAACUCCUCAUACAGAUGGAUGGAUUGGCUGCUGUAUUCAAUGAAGACAAGGUUAUAAUGGUCUUGGCAGCCACCAAUCACCCGUGGGACAUUGAUGAGGCGUUCAGACGGCGAUUCGAAAAGAGGAUUUACGUUGGUCUACCUGAUGAAGCAACGCGAGUGAAACUGUUGCGGACCUGUCUGCGCGAGGUGUCGCUGGCGGAGGACGUGGACCUGAAGGAGGUGGCGGACAAGCUUGACGGGUACAGCGGCUCCGAUAUCAACAACCUCUGCAGGGAUGCAGCAAUGAUGACAAUGCGUCGAAAAAUAGCUGGCAAGAGUCCCGACCAGAUCCGACGACUGAAACGUUCAGAACUCGAAGCUCCAGUCUCAAAAGAAGACCUCAACGUCGCCAUAGAGAAGACUCGGCGCACCGUCACACAAGCGGAUGUAGCGCGUUACAACACAUGGAUACAGAAACACGGCUGUUCCUAGCAUAAAGCCACAGCGCUGAAAGCGCUGCUGAGGUGUAUCCGCAACUCGUAGUCAAUGCUACUUGUUAGACUACUGUGCGGUUCUAUAAGUGGACUUGUAAGACUUUUUAAAUAAUACUGUGGUAAUAAUAAUAAGGAAGGUAGUAAUUUCGUCCGCUUGCAAUCCAAUUUUUUGGAAAAAAAAUAACGAAUCAAUAAAAAGCAUGUAAAAUGCUCAAAAUUAAGUUACCUACUUGUGAAAAAUCUAAUUUAGUAAAAUUGGAGAUAUCCGCGAAUAAACUGGCGUACAUACUCUAGAGAAAUAUAUCAUGUAUUUAAUUAUGGAAAAAUACAUCGUGUUUCUAAUUGUGUUUGCAUAAUUUCAUCAAAAUCUGCUCUGUCGUUUUUGUACGAUUAAAUAAACAGAUAAACAUGUAAUGAUGUAGUGUAAUGUAAUGCAUGUAUCUUAACUACCUAGUUAAGAUACUGUAGGGAAAGCUGAUAAGAUUAUAUCUAGUUAAUGUCAACGGAUUUAUUAGAAAUAACGAUAUAAUUGUCUUUCUAUUUGAUUAAUUUGUAACUGUGUGGGUAGUUAACAAUUAUGUAAGGCGCUGUCAAUUUUAGUUCAGGUUUUACCCACAGGUUCUUUCUUGGCGCUGAGUCUACCUACAUUCAAAAGCAAACAGUUCCGGGAUUAGAAUAAAAUCUUCUUAAAGGGUGAAUGUUUAGUGUCUAUAAAGCGUUCUUUCAUAGACAAGAUAAUCACAGUGUAAAAAUAAUUUAGACAUAGCAGUAUUAUUUCGAUAUAUUAUAAACUAAUAAUAUAAAGAUAAGUUUUUUUGUUCGUCACAAAAAGGCUUUGAAACUGAAUCGAUUUUAAAAUGUAUCAAUGCCUUAUCCCCUUAUUCCCAAGGAAAUGGGAACUGAUCGGGUAAAACCGCGGGGUGUGCUAGUGUAAAAUAUAAAUGGUUUUUAGGAAUAAAAAUAACUGUGUUUUGGAUAAAAUAGCUUUAUUGAGGAGUGGCGGAAAAUGUGAUUUUUAUACAACGUUGUCUGUCGAUGUAUGCGCUAUGUAAAUUGAUAUAAUACUACGUGCUUUUGUAUAAAUGUGAAGUUUAAUAAAAACAAUAUUUGCUGAUCU